AUGGCUAUGGCUGUUGCAGUCUUGGGCCUUGGGCUGUCUGCUCUUUCAUGGAUGUCGCGGUUUUUGAGGUCCAGAGCCCGCGGCUGGCUUAGAGAGCUGCGCCCAGCAGGAAAGCUUUGCCAGAUGACUGAAGAAGUGCUGGCCUCGGUGAUACGUGAGACACUCCAGGCCGAGAAUGGAGACACGGCAGAGGUCGAGAAGCCGACCGAUGUUGAGGCUGCAGAAAUAUUUUGCUCACUGAUGGUUCCGAUAUCCAUGUUGGAGGAUCUUGAUGCCGUCAAAGAGGAUCCGAAGCCAAAGCGUCAGCGGCGCAAUCGAUGGGGUCAGGCAGCGUUCAUGCCGUAUGAACUGCAGCACAAGCCGCUCGAGAAGCCCUUGAGAAGGCCUCUUCCACCCGCGAUGCAGCGCCUGAAAGCCAGUGUGUCCUGGCUUGUGCAGGCAAAAAGGGCGGCCAUGUUCCAGCGUCAGAUCCAAGAGCAGAUGGCGAAAAUCAAGGGCCAAGGCAGAUACUGCUCUGCGAGAAAGCUGAUCCUCGAUGAAUUCGGCCGCGAGCUGGACGAGGACGGACAGGUCGUUCCCAUGAAGCCGCAGGUGGUCAGCACCCUCAAAGUGAACAUCAACCGUGAGAAGGAGGCCAGGCUCAAGAAGAUCCUGGGCCUGAAGAAGGACGGUGCCGGGGGUGAGAGCUCAUACUUCGACUCGACCCUCAAGGUGAAGGAAAGAUUCGAGCGGCAGAAGCGACGAAACUUCAGGUUCAUUGAGGAGGGUGAACUAGUGAAGAAGGAGCAGAAGAUGAUCAAAAAAGUUCAGGAGAAGGCCCUAGGCAUCGACAAGAAGGACGACAAGAAGAAGAAGGAGGAGGAGCAGAAGAAGCAGGAGAAGAAGCAGGAGGAGGAGGAAAAGGAGCAGCCGGUCAAGAAGAUCGAGCCCAAAGUCAUGAGGAGAGAGCCCAUCCCCGAUGUCGAGUGGUGGGACGCUCCCUUCCUCAAGGAAGACCAGUAUGGCCAGAGGAGAACCUACACCGAGGUGAAUGUGGAGAGGAUCACUCCAUAUGUGGAGCAUCCGAUCCCCAUCAAAAUCACCACGGAGAAGGAGGCGCCAGAAGCUGCCAUGAUGCACCUGACGCCCAAGGAGCGAAAAAAGCUCAGACGCUUGAAGCGUCAGGAGCGAACGCAGGAGAUCCGUGACAAGAUUAAGAUGGGUAUCCUGCAGGCCCCGCCGCCGAAGGUAAAAAUGGCGAACCUAAUGCGUGUCCUGGGAGACGAGGCCAUUGCUGACCCUUCUACAGUUGAGAGGAAAGUCAGGCAGCAGGUGGAGCAACGGCGGAAGGAGCACGAGCAGCGCAAUGAGGCGCGCAGGCUCCCCGCAGAAGAACGAAAGCAGAAGAAGAAACAGAAAUGGAUGGCCGAAGGCGAGCCGGUUGUCCAGGUGCUGGUCUUCAAGAUUAAGGACCUUGCGAACAAGAAGCACUUGUUCAAGAUCGACAUGAACGCACAGCAGUUCCACCUUACCGGUUGCUGCAUAGCCUGCCCUGGUGUCGCCAACAUCGUCGUGGUGGAGGGUGGCCCACGUGCCGUCAAGCGAUACAAGAAGCUGAUGAUCAGGCGGAUCAAGUGGACGGAAGAGCAGGCCGAUGAGGACGACGACGAUGAGGAUCAGGAUGAAGUGACGGCCCCCAAGCUCCAGGACCACUGCGUCCUUGUCUGGGAAGGCGUGGUGAAGCAGCGAAGCUUCAAAAACUGGAAGGUGAGCCACGUCAGGAACGAGCCCGAAGCUCGAAAGCUUCUGAAUGACAGGCAAGCUGACCACUACUGGGAUAUGCUAGCACGGUACCGUGACCCGCGGAUGGACAUCUGA